AUGUCCACCGAUACCAAACCCCCCAAACUCCCCGUCACAGUCUCCAAGCCCACCCCUUACACCUUCGACCUCGGCCUCCUCCUAGCCAACGACCCCAACCCCCUCUCCCUCCCCGCCAGCACCGGCCCCUCCCUCGAGUCCUCCCUCUACGACAUCGCCAGAGACGGCACCCAGUCCCUAAUCAACCAACUGCUCACCACCCUCCCCAUAUCCUCCACCCCCGCCGGCGUCCUGCUCUCCCUCCCCGGCCCCGUCACCCCCCUCCCCCGCGAGAAGCCCGUCCCCACCCCCAAGCCAGAGACUAAAUGGGCCGCCUUCGCCAGACGCCGCGGCAUCAAGCCCAAGACUCGCGAGCAGCGCCGCAACCUGCAGCUCAACCCCGAGACUGGCGAGCACGAGCGCAAGUGGGGUUACAAGGGCGCCAACAAGGCCGGUCAGGACGAGGCGAUCAUCGAGAUUAAGCACAACUCCAAGAAGGAGCUGGAGAGGAAGGAGGGGACGAGUAUCAGGGGUGACAAGAGGAGGGAGAUUAGGGAGAAUAUCAAGAGGAAUGAGAGGAGGAUGAGGAGGAAUGAGAGGCACGCUGGGCAGAGGAAGUAA